GCGGCGGCGGCGGCCGGCGCCAUGGUCUUCCUCGCCGCGCAGCUCUGGCUGCGGAACCGCCUCACCGACCGCUACUGGCGGGUGCAGGAGGUGCUGCGGCACGCGCGGCACUUCCGCGGGAGGAAGAACCGCUGCUACCGGCUGGCCGUCAGGGCGGUGACGCGCGCCUUCGUGAAGUGCACGCGGGCGCGGCGCCUGAGGAAGAGGACCAUGCGGACGCUCUGGAUCAGCCGCAUCGCAGCCGCCUCCCAGGAGCACGGCCUGAAGUACCCGGCGCUCGUGGGCAGCUUAGUCAAGUGCCAGGUGGAGCUCAACAGGAAGGUGCUCGCGGAUCUGGCCAUCUAUGAACCCAAGACCUUCAAAUCUUUGGCUGCUUUGGCCAAGAGGCGGCGAGAUGAAGGAUUUGCGGCUGCCCUGGGGGACGGGCAGGAGCCUGCAGGCGUGUUCUCCAGGGUGGUGCACUACCGCUGAGCUUUCCACCCCCAUGGGUUCAGCUUCAAACAGGCCUGGCCCUGAUUUUUCGGCCAAAGUAGCCACUACCUGUGAAGAUCCUGUAAGUCUGAUUUGCCUUGCUAUGUACUUUGGGAUGGAGCGGAGGCUGGGCCUUGCCCAGGUCAUGCAAAUAAAGCUGGUGUGGAAGCUACAGUGGAAGCUCAGUCGCGUCCAUCUUCUCUUGCAAGUGG